UAAGGCGGAGGUGUGGAAACUCUGGGUCCAACUUCGACGCAAUGAGCCCAAUCUCCUCGGCCACCUGGAAGAUUUCCUGUCCAAGGUCACAGUUCAGAUCCAGGAUGCUCAGAGUGAGAAGGAGGAUUUGGAACGCACCCUCAAAAAGAGAAUGGUGGAACACAACACUGAGGUUCAGAAACUCUAUGAGGAAAUGGAGCUCCAGAUCAACAACGAGAAGGAUCGGAUUGAGACUGAAGUGAGUAAUUCAGUUGUCAGGCUGAGCUCUGAAUGAGA